CUUGUUACCUGUAUGAGAGACACCUGGGAGCCAGAAAUCCUGCUGAAUGAUAGGGGAUCAAAUCCUUCUUUCCCUCAUGUACAUGCAGAUCAGUCAUCAUUUGUUAGACGCAUUUCUGCUGAAUUUGUUGUUGUAUUCUGUCUCUCAGUGUUACACCGAACAUUCCAUUGUUAGACCGAUCAUUUCUGUGUGAGGGGCGAACAUUCCAUUGUUAGACCGAUCAUUUCUGUGUGAGGGGGCGAACAUUCCAUUGUUAGACCGAUCAUUUCUGUGUGAGGGGCGAACAUUCCAUUGUUAGACCGAUCGUUUCUGUGUGAGGGGGCGAACAUUCCAUUGUUAGACCGAUCAUUUCUGUGUGA